GUGUGGCACCAGAGACUGGUGCUAGGAGUGGUGGGAUUGUCGGGUGGUAAGCUUCACAUGAUUGCGACCCCCGAGUGGCACGUGUACGCGGAGGACUACGGGCCAGGCUCUGCGGAUGUGGCGGCAGUGAGGUGGGCCCCCGCCUUCAACGUGCUGCCCGACGGGACUCGCCCGGUGGCGGACUUCACGGCGGCGGCGGCGGUGGCCGAGGCGGCCGUGGAGGCAGGGGCGCUCGCGGCGGCCCAGUGGGUCGCGGCUUCUGCGGCGGCCGCUGGAUGCCUGUUGCCGGUGGCGCAGCACGCGGUGGUCGCCCUGCCUGCGGGCGGGGCCGCUGCGGCCGCCGCCUCCGCACCGCUCCAGGCCGCGGGCGUGGCCCCAGCCGCCGCCGCGCCACCUCUUCGGGCCCCUCCGCCAGUGGGCCCGCUGCAGGGGGUUGGCGUCGCGGCGGGGCCGGAGGAGCGUGCUCCGCGCGGGGUGGCCGCCGAGACCUUCGGUCAGUACCGGCUGGGCGACGUCGUGCAACACGUGGCCAGGGCGGGCGCAGUCUGCAACAAGGACAUCCACCUCCUCCCCGACGGCUCGGGCCUCUUCGUCGUGUACCUUCGCCCCAGCGACGAGGAGGCCUUCUUUGACGGGAUCGUGGCCGCCGGAUGCCGCACCGCUGCAUGGUCCUUCGUGCACAUCAGUGCCGAGGGCGGCAGCCUGGACGGCCAUCAUGAUGGCUUCAGGUCGUUGUGCCGCCUCGAGCCGAAUGGCUGGGGAGUGGCCGAGCAUAUCCACCUCGCGGGCGCGGUCAAGGCCGCCCUGCUGGUGGACUAG